AUGCCGCAGACAGGCUGUUUAGUAGUACAAAAUUCCCCAUCCACUGCAUCAGUGACAAUCCAAAGUAAUUUUAAUUUUAAAUUCGAACAACAACAACAGCAGCAUUUCUCUGCUACGACUAGCAACAACAACAGCACAGCGACAACAACAACCACUACGAACGAUCCCUAUGCUACAUAUACUGAUAAUUUUGAUCUAUCGCUACUACCUCAAGAUUGCUGUACCGACACAGCUACAAACACAACAAAAGUCGAACAACACUCGCCAUCACAUAGUAUACCGGCAGUAAGCAAUGCUCAUUCAUCGACAAAUCACAUAGAUAAUAUACCGACGACAGUUUUUAAUUUCGACAAAACACCGACGGAUCACAAGAACGCACAAUUGUUGACCGUACCCGAUAUUAAGGUGGAACAGACGUGGUCUUCAUGCCCCUCCCUGAAUACCAUAAAACAAGAACAAAUCUAUCAGAGUUAUUUUCCUGUAAAUAAUCAGCAACAACAACACCACCAACAUCAGCAGCAACAACAACACCACCAACAACUUAUUGCUCCACCACCAGCAUAUCCCGCGCAUAUCUAUCCAUCGCCACAAUCUAGCCCCGCUCAAUCCGAAUACGCUUUUCCCCAAACACAAUUUGCCGGUUGUUAUGAAUCUUUAGGAUCAUCGCACAACUCUCUGUAUGGCACAGCCUGCUCGCCGUGUCCCUCGAUUAAGCAAGAACAAUUGCACAUUUUGCCACCCUCCCCGCCAGAAUCCAGCUGUGAUACACCCACACCACAUUCGGCUAGCAGUAGUGCCAGCAGCAGUGUUGGUUUCGAUUUCAAAUCAGAACCUUUCGAUUCGGAUGUUGAAACGUUACAAGAUUUGAAAAAUCCCCGCCUCCCUAACACAGACACAGUGCCAUCCAACAACAACAGUGGGCAAGUGCCGUCAGCCCAAAGGCUAUUCCAAUGUCCGGCAGACCACCAAGUAUUACGUGAAUAUUUGGAGGAUACAACGUUCCAGAAGAAACACAAUCUGAAACCGUUGGCUCUGGAUUCGUUUAUUGGUGGUCUGGACGAGGUUCGUGAUAAUAUCGAACCGGUUAUAUCGCUGGCAUUGGAACAUGCUAAACGUGAGGCUGAUGCUACUUGUGCUAAAUUGCAAAUAUCGCAAGAUCCCUCUGAUUGGACACCACAACAAGUUCAUGCAUGGUUACGAUCCACCAUACAACAAUUUGAUUUACCAAUUAUUGAUAAUUUGGAAAACAAAUUCAAUGAAAAUGGUGCGGCACUGUUGCAAUUAACCGAAGAAGAAUUCGUUCGUAGAAUACCCGAGGGCGGUGGAAAACUACAUGCUCAAUUGGAAAUAUGGAAGUUGACUCACUCCGACAAUUACCAUAUUAAUUCAAUCAACAACUGUGCACAACAACAGCAACAAAUGUGGACGCAAAAUUCUAUGGCUGCACAAUAUAGCCAAGAUAUGGAAGAAGAUACCGAAGAUGAAGAUGAUUUUCUUCCAAACGAUAAUCACACAACGGCCAGUCCUAGAAAUGACGUCAACGGUCAGUACAUGACCACAGAAGGUGCUGCAAUCAAUGGUGUGGGUAAUGGUGGUGGUGGCGCUGUUGCUGUCAAUCAAAUGGUACCACCGAUAAAACGAGCUGGAGCACGUAACGGAGGAUCUCAUAUACAUUUGUGGCAAUUUCUGAAAGAACUACUCUCUGCACCACAUAUCAAUGGCACCGCCAUACGUUGGAUGGAUCGCAGUAAGGGUAUUUUCAAAAUUGAAGAUUCUGUUAGGGUUGCGAAAUUAUGGGGAAAACGUAAAAAUCGCCCGGCCAUGAAUUACGAUAAAUUGUCACGUUCAAUACGUCAAUACUACAAGAAGGGCAUUAUGAAGAAAACCGAAAGAUCCCAGCGAUUGGUAUAUCAAUUCUGUCAACCAUAUCAUAUGUGAAUGC